AUGACGGGCACCAAAGCUUCCAAGCCUGUCUUCCCUGUAGAGGCAGCCUCGGCAGAGUACGCCGCAUCUCUGGAUGCAGCGGAUCCUCUGCGUGAGUUCCGGGACCAGUUCAUCAUUCCCUCUAAGGCCAAUCUGGCAACAAAGAAGCUGGCGAAGCCAGGUCUAUCAUCAGAGCCAAGCAUAUACUUCUGUGGCAACUCCCUUGGUAUCCAGCCCAAGGCGGUGUCGAAGUAUAUGGAGGCCCAGUUGGAUACUUGGUCCUCCAUCGGGGUCUGUGGUCACUUUACUGGACUCGAAGGGUCUCCCUUAGGUCCAUGGCAGCUUUUGUCGGAGCAAGCAGCUGCUUCGAUGUCGAAGAUUGUCGGGGCAGCGCCCGAAGAGGUCGCAGCCAUGGGCACACUGACAACUAACCUCCACCUGUUGCUCGCGAGCUUUUAUAAGCCGACCGAGACCAAGCGCAAGAUCCUGAUGGACUGGAAGGCGUUCCCCAGUGAUCAUUAUGCGAUUGAAUCACACAUUGCCUGGCAUGACAUUGACGCAAAGGAGAACAUGGUCCUCAUUGGUCCAGACGAGGGACAGUAUGAGAUCUCAACGGAAAAGAUCUUGUCGUAUAUCGACGAGCAUGCCGAAACCGCAGCACUGCUUCUUCUUCCCGGAAUCCAGUACUACACUGGACAGCUAUUCGACAUCCCGACAAUCACCAAAUAUGCCCAAGCGAAGGGUCUCGUCGUUGGCUGGGAUAUGGCACACGCAUUUGGAAAUGUGCCGCUGCAGCUGCACGAGUGGAAUGUCGACUUCGCAGCCUGGUGCACAUACAAGUACGGCAACGCCGGGCCCGGGGCGAUGGGUGGAAUAUUUGUGCAUGAGAAACAUGGCGAGGUUGAUUACAGCGCUGGACCCGAUGCUCCAAAGUUCCGUCAUCGUUUGACUGGAUGGUAUGGCGGUGACCGCUCCGUGCGAUUCAAGAUGGAUAAUAAGUUCAAGCCCAUUCCUGGAGCUGGAGGCUUCCAGGUCUCCAACCCAUCAGUCAUUGAUUUGACGUGUCUUUGCGCGGCUUUGUCUGUAUUCGAUCAGACCUCCAUGGCGGAUCUGCGUCAGAAGUCUUUGAAGCUGACGGCUUAUUUGGAGUUCCUGCUUCUGAAGGAUACCGAGGAGGAGACUCGCCUGUUUGAUAUUAUUACACCAUCGGAUCACCUAGCUCGAGGCGCUCAGCUGAGCCUUUUGCUCAAGCCUGGCUUGCUGCACAAGGUCUCCGAACGUUUGCAGGAUGCUGGUAUUAUUUGCGACAAGCGGGAACCAGGUGUUGUCCGUGUAGCGCCUGUGCCGUUGUACAACACUUUCUCUGAAGUGUUCAACUUUGUCAAGGAGCUCAAGGGGGCUUUGGCUUCUAGUUAG